AUGUCGAGAAGCUCGAUUGCUCGCUCCAUUCGCCUCACCGCUGGCGCGCUCGGCGUCCCAAACCUCCAAUAUGAAGUCAGCACUGCCGUACUGGAAUUGGCAUGGGGCGGCAUCUUGAUCUGGGUCUUCCACUUUGCCUCAUUGAUCGCGGUCGUCAAGCCUUGGAUCCUGAACCACCUGCACACCUUUGUGUUCACUUCGUCCUUCAUUUACCUGUCAAUGGGGCCCAUCACCACUCCGAUGGUGACAUUCUGCCUUCAAUGGCCGCAGGCUCAGCAGGAUGUGACCAAUCUUAGUUUUGACUGCCCGCGCGUCAAUGCCCAGUUCGCUGGCCUCAUUUUGAUUAUGCUGUCACAGAUCCUGUUUCUCGGAGCAUCUGCCGUCGUUGACAAAGACGAGUAUGCAAAGUAG